GUGUCUAAGGCCUGAACAACACCGCGAUCGGGGGACCACUCCGAAGUUGUUAAACAGGAAUCUCGUGAGGAUAGUGAAGUUCAGUUUUCCCUCCCUCCUACGGGACAGAUAGUCACACACAUGAACUGGAGUGGAACUUGGGACCUUUGAGGAGUAUGUGUCUGAAUCUGAAGUCAACCUGGGACAUUACUCAGCCUUCAGGAGACGGGUGGCAUUGCUUCUCAGCUCGAAGCAAGAUUGCAAGUGCGGAAUGUAUGUUGACGGUCGUUCCUGGCGACUGAAGCGAGAAAUUUGCAGUGCAGGGGUUGGACCAUCUUUUCCCAGUGAAUAGCUGCCACAGGUGAAGUAAAGGUAACUGAGAAGCAGAAAUGGAUGUGUUUGGUGGUGCACCACGUUUCUUUGCCUAUCCAAGACCUGUGGUGGUACAAAGUGGGACUGAUGCUGUUCUGAAGUGUCAAAUUGGUGGCGAUCCAAGGCCUGCAGUUAUCUGGGAGCGUAACAAUGAAAAGAUUGACCCACAAGGACGAUACAGGGUCUUUGAAGAUGGAAACAUUUACAAUCUCAUCAUUUCAGCUGUGACCAUGGAAGACAGUGGACAGUACAUUUGCAAAGCAAAGAACAGCAUUGGGGAAACAUAUGCAGCAGCAACACUGAAGGUGGAGGGUGAGGCACAAGAGAUGGAGCUACGAGAGGAAAAUAAGCCACGGUUCCUCAUCAAGCCACUCUCUACUCGUGCAGGUCGUGGGGAGGAUGCUGUCUUCUCUUGUAAGCUCUGGGGAAAGCCACGACCGGAGGUUGUCUGGGAAAAGGAUGGCAGGAAACUCAAUGAAAUAUUUGAAAGCACACAUUUUAGUGUGGGCUACCAGGACGGUGGAUGGUUCCAGCUCAAGAUUUUUAAGACACGUGCACCAGAUGGUGGAGUAUAUACAUGCAAAGCCAGAAAUGAGUUUGGGGAAUCAUUGGCAGGAGCUGUGUUGCUUGUCGAUGCAGGCCCAGGACAUGAGGAAGAGGGAAAUCGUAAUGGCUACACAAACGGCCACUGGAAAGCCCACCAGGGAAAACAGAGGAUUGGUAGGCAAGUGCCAAACCGACUCAAAGAUGACACCAUGACCAAGUCUACCAAAGUCAAAAUGUUUGCAGUGACAGAGGGCAAACAUGCCAAAUUUCGCUGCUUUGUGACUGGUAAACCCAAACCAGAAAUAAUUUGGAGGAAAGACGGCAGGCUGAUACUGUCUGGAAGGCGUUAUUUGUUAUAUGAGGACAGAGAAGGAUACUUCACACUUAAAGUUCUCUACUGUAAGCAGAAGGAUAACGGAGUUUAUGUUUGUGCAGCAUCAAAUACAGCAGGCCAAACCCUCAGUGCUGUACACCUCUCCGUAAAGGAGCCACCUGUGCGGUUCAAGCAGCCCCUCAUUGAUCUCGAGGUAUGGGAACGAGAUUUAGCUGUUCUUGAGUGUGAAGUUCCAGAGGACUCUGUUGCCAUCACAUGGUAUCUGGAAGAUAGACGGCUACAGCCAGGGGCCAAAUAUGGAAUGGAGGAGUGGGGAACAAAAAGACGACUAACUAUCCGUGACAUCGGAGUUGAUGACGACGGGAUUUACCUCUGUGAGAUGCCCGAUGGGGGAAGAAGUAUUGCAGAGGUAGCAGUAAAAGGUACAAUUAUGCGGAAGCUCCCAAGAAAAGUGGAUGUCUUGGAAGGUGAAAAUGCUGCCUUUUGUGUUGAAGUGGAAAAGGAAGAGAUGGACAUACAUUGGUACAAAGAUGGCACAGAGCUGCGGGAAACCCAUCAGACAAUUCUCAAGUCCUUUGGUCGAACUCACAUUCUGGUUUUUGUCAAUACAAUGCCCCAAGAUGCUGGCCUUGUGACUUUCCUUGUAGCCAGAUCCAAGACUUCUUCUCAGCUAAGAGUGAAAGCGGCCAGACAUUGUCCUCCCAGUUGUCCAGUGGGUGUGCAGAUCAACACAGAGCGGGCAAAUGCUGCUCUUCUAUCAUGGGUUCCUUCCCAGGACUCACGUAAAAAUCCUCCAUCUGGAUAUGUGCUUGAACGGCAGGAAGUGGGAACUGGUUCACAAGAGUGGCUACAGUGCCUGACCACUGAUACUGCAACGUCUGUGGAGAUCCUUGGUGAUAGUGUACCAUGUGAGGCCGAUUAUCGAUUUCGCAUUUGCAGUGUUAACAAAUAUGGAAAGAGCAACAAUGUUGAGUUUCCUAGAGCUGUUCACCUGGUUCCGGUUGCCAGAAUACAAGCUCCCUUACAGGAUGCCUUGGUGCCUGAGGGACAAGAUGCCAUCUUCUCUAUUGAGCUCUCUGCUUCAGUUAUUGGUACAUGGUUCUUAAGUGGUACUCAGCUUCAGGAGGAUGAACGUUUUUUCAUGCGUCGCUCACGAACACACCAAUCACUUCGCAUUCGAGGAGUACGUGAUACAGAUAAUGGGGCUGAGAUAACAUUCAUUGCCUAUGGCAUCCGGGACUCGGCAGCAUUGUACAUUCAAGCUCCUCUGGUCAAGUUUUCAUCAAUGUCAGAAAUGGAUCGGAACAAAUUUGUAGAAAUUGGGAACCCCAUUGUUCUCUAUUGUGAGCUGUCAGACCCUGCAGCUGCAGUGCACUGGUACAAGAAUGGGGUGUUAUUACAAACAAUGGAGGGUCUUCAUAUUCAAUCAGAGGGCACCAUGAGAAGAAUUGUCAUCCAAUCAGCUGAGUUCUCACACUCCGGAGUGUAUUGCUGUGAUGCCAUUGAUGACAUCAUCAGGUUCAAUGUGGAAGUAGAGGCCCCGCCUGUGAGGUUUUCAGCAAUUCCAGAUGCUGAGAGGACCAAAACCAUCCAAACAGGCUGCCCCAUUGUUUUACAAUGUGAGCUCUCAGAUCCCUCUGCCCAGGUGUACUGGUACAAAGAUGGGUCAAAGCUCCAUCCUCAAAAUGGAGUAGAUAUUCAAAAUGAUGGCCUGGGAAGAACACUGAUUGUGCAUUCAGCCGAAUUUUUCCACUCUGGGUUGUACUGCUGCAAGACAAAGGGUGACGCCAUCACGUUCAGUGUGGACAUCAAAGCUCCACCUGUGAAGUUCUCAGCAGUCCCUGAAGACAUGAGGACCAAGUCGAUCGAAGCAGGCUGCCCUAUAGUACUCCAGUGUGUGGUGUCAGAUCCUGAGGCGCACGUUUGCUGGUACAAGGAUGAGGUCGAGCUCAUUUCAAACUCUGCAAUAGAAAUUCACUCAGAGGGCAACACAAGGACAAUAGUUGUUCAGUCUGCAGAGCUGUGCCACUCUGGUGUGUACAGAUGCACGACACUGGAUGAUAUCGUGGAGUUUCACGUGGAGAUCAAAGCUCCAACGUUGCCAUUGUCGCCAUCACCAGACCUUGUGGAGAUGCAGUCACUUGAGGCAACCUGUCCCACUGAACCAACACGUGAACCCUCAGACCCUGCUGUCCAGGUGUCAGGGCAGAGGGAUAAAGAAUGUGAUUCUAAUACAGAGCCUGAUUUUGAAACGGAGGCCAUCCAGAAGACCCUUGUUAUUGAACCAACUCAUCCUUCAAACUCUGGAGCAUACUAUUGUGCAACAGCAGAUGAUGUUGCCCAAUUGAUAGUAAAAAAUCAAGUGCCCUCUCCAAAAUAUCAGCUUGGUUCUGAGGUUGAGAAGACUGCUGAAGAGUGCUGCCCAAUUGUUCAGCAAUUUGAGAUUUCAGAUCCCAUUGCCAAAGCCUGUUGGUACAAAGAUGGAACCCAGAUCUACCCUAAAAAAGAGGCUGACUUUGAAUCACAGAGCAGCAGCCCAGCCUUGCCCCUCCAGUCACAUGACUUUUCUGGCGAUGAGAGGGUUGGCUGUGAAACAACGGGUGAUGCAAGGUUAAAUGUGGACAUGAAAGCAGAGCAGUGUCACUAUGGUGAUGAAAUUGGUGAGAUAGCUGAAGCAUCUUCCCAAUACACUGUGGAUGUCGAAGCUCUGCCUGUGACAAUUACAACACUUUGUGAGGCUGAGAGGAACAAGUCUGUUGAAGCUGGUGAACCCAUAGUACUUCAGUGUGAGGUAUCAGAUCCAAACGCUCAAGUUACUUGGUACAAGGAUGGAAUACAGCUACAUGAAGCAGCUGGACAAGAUAUGGUGGCCGAGGGUUCCAUAAGAACACUGGCUGUCCAGUCAGCGAUGCCGUCUCAUGCAGGGAUUUACAGCUGCAAGACGACAGAUGAUGCAGUGCAGUUUCAUGUGGAUGUUAAAGCUCCACUUCCGGAGGUUUCAGCUUUAUCUGAGGCUGACCAGACAGAGACAGUCGUGGUGGACUGUCCUGUUUCUCUACAAUGUGAGCUGUCAGAGCCCACUGGACAAGUCCGUUCGUACACGGAUGGAACAGAGCUCCUACCUCAAAGUGGAGUAGACUUCCAGUCAGAGGGAAUUUUGACGAGUCUAGUUGUCCCAUCAGCAGAGCAGGCUCACACUGAUGUAUACCCCUCACUGCCUGCGAAGUUCUCUGAGCUUCAAGAGUCUGUCAGGAAGAAAUCCAUCCAAGAAGGCACUCCCAUUAUCCUCAGCUGUGAACUCGCUCAAGACCCCACCGCUCAUGUGGACUGGUACAAGGAUGGAAUGCAACUCCUGCCACAAAAUAAUGUAGAAAUAGAGUCAGAUGGUCUGACAAGGAGGCUGCUCAUCCACUCAGCUGAAAUCAUACAUGGUGGCACCUAUGAAUGUUCAACAUCAGAUGACACCGUUACAUUUAAAGUGGACGUUAAAGGCCGAUCACCACAGAUCAUGCCAAUCACCCCGUCUGAAAAAUGCAAGAGGAUUGCAGUUGGUUGUCCGAUUAUUCUCCAGUGUGAGGUCUCAGAGCCUGUUGCCCAGGUCUCCUGGUUUAAAGAUGGGGUGGAGCUUUUUUGCAAAACAGGCCUUGAUAUGAAAAGAGACGGCAGCUUCAGAAAGUUAAUGAUUCAUUCUGCAAAGGUGUCUGACUCUGGCCUUUACAGCUGUAGCCUCGCAGAUGACGUUGUGACAUUCCAUGUGGACAUUGAAGCACCACCGGUGACAUUUGCGGAUAUUCCUGAGGAGGAGCUUUUCAAGAGUGUUGUGGAAAGAGAACAGCUUGUUCUGUCAUGUGACGUAUCAAGGACUGACGGUGUUGUCCAAUGGUACAAAGAUGGAGCUGAAAUGAAACCAAGCAAUAAUGUUUCACUGCAAACAGAGGGCACGAGAAGAGACCUGACUAUACAUUCAGCCCAACUGUCCGACACAGGCACAUACACAUGCCGUGCAGGAGACCACGUUUUGAUCUUCAAGGUUACCAUACGAGAACCUCCGGUGAUGAUAAUUUACCCUAAGGAGGAUGUCCAUCUUGACCGUCAUGUCCCUGAUGAAAUUAUUCUGAGCUGUGAACUGUCUCGUGCCAAUGGUGUUGUCAGCUGGUACAAAGAUGGUCAAAAGCUGCAAGACAGUGAGAACAUCAAACUCAAGAUUGAAGGCCCUUAUCGUCGACUAAAAAUUAUUUCCAGCCGAGUCGAUGAUUCUGGAGAAUAUGUCUGUGAUACAGCUGACGAUUCAAUAUUCUUUCACCUUUGUAUUACAGAACCUCCAGUGCGAAUCGUGUCCCCAAGUCAGUCACAAAUGGAACUUUGCCAGCAAACCUCAGAGAGGAUGGUACUGAGCUGUGAAAUCUCAAGACCCAAUGCAGCGGUGCGCUGGUAUCGAGACGGACUCGAAGUGGAGGAGAAUGAGAACCUUAUCCUAGAGGUGGAUGGUGUCUACAGAAGACUUAUUAUACCUGAAACUACCGUCAAAGAUUCUGCAGAAUACGUGUGUGACACAGUAGACGAUUCCAUGACGUUCUUUGUGAACAUAGCAGAGCCUCCUGUUCGCUUCAUACGUGCAAGGAAGAUGGCAAGCAGAGUAGAGAAGCUGGUGGGGGAGACUCUGGUUCUAGACUGUGAAGUUUCAAGAUCAAACGCUGAAGUCAUCUGGAAGAAAAAUGGGGAAGAAGUAGAAGACUCCAGGAAUAUCACUAUCCUCGAUGAUGGUGUUAUGCGUCAGUUGACCAUUCACUCUCUAACAGAGAAAGAUGCUGGGCAAUAUGUCUGUGAUGCAAAGGACGAUGUAAUGGAUUUCAGUGUAAAAGUGCAAGAGUUGCCUGUAAAAAUUCUUGGAAAAACUGAGGCAAAAACAGAAAAGCAGUUCUUAGUUUCAGACGACAUUAUUCUUGUGUGCGAACUGUCAAGAUCCAAUGUCUCAGUCAGUUGGUACAAAGACAAUCAUCUAAUUGAUGACACUGAGCGAUACUGUAUUGAGGAGCAAGGUGUUUUCCGAUCACUGGUUGUCCUAAAUGCUGGGCUCCAGGAUUCAGGAGAGUACACUUGUGAUGCACUGGAUGAUAAGAUGGUCUUCUAUAUCACUGUCAAAGAGCCUCCAGUGCAGAUCAUCGGAAACUCAGGCCACCCAGAGAAUCACAUCCUGGUAGCAGGAGAUGACCUUAUUUUAGAGUGUGAGGUGUCUCGGCCAAAUGCCACUGUUCAGUGGUUAUGGAAUGGCGAGAUACUGAAACCAGAUCCUCGUAUCAAAAUCGCCAGCUAUGACGUUGUGAGAAAGCUUGUUCUCUCUGGACUUCAGCCCUCGGACUCUGGAAAAUACAUUUGUGAUGCGGUCGAUGACAAAGUGAUUACGAUUGUUGAGGUUCAAGAGCCACCGGCCAUGUUUUUGAAUAAAGAAGCAAGAAACAUCUCAGCCUAUGAAAAUGAGAGUGUUACACUGAGUGCCAUUGUGAGCCGUGAAAGGGCUAAUGCUCGGUGGCUGAAAGAUGGCCAACUACUGAACGAGGAUAACAUUCACAUUUCCAGUGAGGGUAAUACGCACAAGCUCACCAUUAAUCCUCUGCAGCUGUCAGAUUCUGGAGAAUAUGUCUGUGACAUAAACACAGAUGAGAUGUAUUUCACUCUUUUAGUCAAAGAAAUGAAGGUGAAAUUUAUCAGACCAGUGGAGAAUAUUGUGUGUCUGAAGGGAAGCAGCCUUACACUACGAUGUGAGAUCAACAAGCCCAAAGGAGAUGUGCAGUGGUUAAAGAAUGGGCAGGAGAUCCCUCCGAGCCGGCGGCACACAAUACGAGCACAGGGUCGAGAGCGAAGCUUCACCAUCCACCAAAUAGUGGAGGAAGAUGCUGGAGAAUAUACCUGUGAAUCCACAGAUGACAGGACUUCAUCUACUGUCAGUGUAGAAGCUCCCCGUGUUGUUGAGUUCAUUGCAGAGCUUCGUAACAUCACGAUCCGUGAGGGAGAAGACGCAGUUUUUAAGUGUGUGGUUUCACCAGAGGACACUCAGUUGGUGUGGCGCCUCAACGGCAAACAAGUAGCUCUAAAUGAGCGCACUGUCAUUUCAAGCAAUGGACUGUGCCAUAUGCUCUGCAUCCACAACUGCAUGGUUUCAGAUAGCGGCAGAGUGACAGCUGAUGCAGAGGGCUUGGUUUCAGAAGCAGAGCUCCAGGUUCAAGAGGAACAGGUGCUAUUCACCAAGAAAAUGACGCCUGUUGUUGCUGAAGAAUACAGUGAGGCACUUCUAGAGGUGGAGGUGAGUGUGGAUUCAGAAGAGGUGCAGUGGAUGAGGCAAGGGGUGCUGAUCCACCCCGACGCCAAGUACACCCUGAAACACAAGGGCCAAAAGCACAGUCUCACCAUACACAAACUGGCCAUGUCUGACCGGGGCACCUACAGCUGUGAAACCCUCCACGACCGCACGCAAGCCCAGCUUACAGUGGAACCUCGUAAAAUCACUAUUCAGAGGGGACUGACCGACAUUACAACCACAGAGAGAGAAACGGCCUCUUUUGAAGUGGAGCUCUCUCAUCCCAACGUCCCAGGCACUUGGAUGAGAAACAGAGUCAAACUUAAGCCGACAAAUCACUUCCGUAUGAGUGCCAAAGGACGAGUGCACAGCCUCACCAUUUCUCACCUGUCGGUGGAAGACACUGGCACCUUCAUGUUCUGUGUGGAGAAUCUGAAGACCACUUCAAGGCUUGUUGUGAAGGAGCCCCCAGUGACCAUUUUCAGAAAACUGGAGGACCAGAAAUUCUCUGACGGAGUAGUAAUCUCUAUUGAGUGUGAGCUGUCGAGACACAACGUUGAUGUCAAAUGGCUCAAGAAUGGGGUUGAGCUUAAGCCCAGUAAGGAGUUGCGCAUUUAUGCAAUGGGAAGGAAACGAUUUCUUCAGAUCAUGAAAUGCCAUGUCAGUGAUUCUGGCAUGUAUACCUGCGAUGCUGGAGAUGCUACUACAUCCUGCACUGUGGAGGUCUACGAGCGGGAGCUGUUGAUCGUGCAGGCCCUCGAGGAUUUGGACAUCCAGGAGGAUCAGAAUGCCGUGUUUGUCUGUGAGAUCUCUGUGGAGGAUGUGCCUGGAGAGUGGUACAAAAAUGGGGAGCAGAUACAACCCACCAGUACCAUCAAGAUCCGCCAGGAAGGGACCAAACAUUUUCUUCUCAUGUGCAAUGUGCGACCGGAGGACUCCGGAGAGAUCAAAUUUGUCGCCAGACACGUUGAAUCUGUCGCUCACCUGGAGGUGGAAGAGAUUCCUGUCAACAUUGUAAAACCUCUGCAGGAUAAGACCGUCCUUGAGAAGACCAGAGGGAUGCUAGACUGCGCUGUGUCUAACUCCAGAUGUAGCAUCCGCUGGUACAAAGGCUGUAACGUCAUACUGCCCUCGGAGCGCUUCGAGAUCAGCAGUGAAGGCUGUUAUCGCAAACUGAUCAUCCAGCAGGUGGUGCUAGAUGAUGAGGGCAUUUACAGUGUCCAGGUCGGAGAGCAUUCAUGCUCCGCAAAGCUGACAGUGGAAAGUAAGAGACUCCGUUAUUAUUCAUAA